AUGUUAGAGGAUGAAGAAACCGCGGAGUUACUGAAGAGACGAGAAGCUCCAAGGCGAGAACGACCACCUGGUUCCCGAUCGAUUUUCUCACAGGCUUCCACGCGUGAGAAAAUGCUAUGGUUCAUAAAGACACCUAUCAGAGCACUCAUGUGCCUCUCACUUGUGACCGCGUUCUUCCUAACGUAUUUUGGAUUUAUCAUCCCGGUAAUGUGGGCUCGAAGAGUUUGGCCACGGUUGUACUGGUUUGUCGAAGGAAAGCUAUACCGAUGGCUUCAAGGCUUCAUUGGAACAUGGGGAUAUACUGCUGGCUAUGAUGUUUUCGAAUACGGUGACGAUGUAACAAAGUACUACCGCGACGAACGAGUGUUGGUGAUGUGUAAUCAUCAGAGCACAGCCGAUGUACCUACUUUGAUGGCAUGUUUGCAGAGCAAAGGUGUUGCCAGCCGCAAGACGCUUUGGUUGAUGGACGUAAUGUUUCGGUGGAGUCCUUUUGGAAUAAUUGGCAACAAUCAUGGAGACUACUUUAUUCGGCAAGGGAAGGCGACGCGAGAAAAGGAGAUUUUGAGGUUGAAAGAGCACCUUCGAGAUGUGUUUUGGGACCGUGAUCGUCGUUGGGUAAUUCUUUUCCCCGAAGGUGGAUUCUACCAUAAACGUGUGGAAAGCAGUCAGAGGUUUGCUCUAUCUUGUAUAAGUCAGUUGACUUUGCGUGGUAAGGAAACAUAUGGAAAGUUAAACGGAUUUCCUCACCUAAAAUAUGUAACGCUUCCCCGUAUGGGCGCAGUCAAGGCUAUUCUAGAAGAAGUACGAUUUUCCUCCGUAUUUCAUUUUUUUUUUGCAUUUAUCAGAAAUGUGGGCCCACGAGGAGAAGCGAAUAAUGAGCCAAGAGAGCGCAGCUCUAGCAAAUUAAAGCUUAUCACCGAUACUGUGGGAGAUAUCAGGGAGAAAAAGUCUGUCAAAGGUGAGUGGCUACAUAUUAGUCAUAUACUACUUCCUCAAACUUUUAGAGGUUUAAACUCUGCUGCUAGUAACUCUUUGUCUUCUUGA